CCAAGUACAGCGAGGACAACUUGCGUGCAUCCCUUUUUCUCAUCAUCAUCAUCAUCAUUUUUAUUCACCACAACUUUCACUCAACGUCUCUACCUGCUUUCUUUGAUUUUCUGACGAAAAUUUCACCAACUGAUAUGGAUUAUCAGUAUCUUCUGGGAGGAAUCCUAGCUUCUGGUUUAGUGGUUGCGUUUCUUCUUUCUGCGUCAAAAUUUGCCAAAAAGAGCAAGCUGAUCAAGAGUUCAUCUAUAAAGGUGCCAAAAACAAACGGUUCUGCAGAAUCAAAAGAUCCAGAGAUUGGAGAAGAUACCGAUAUUAUCAUUGUGGGUGCUGGAGUUGCUGGUUCAGCUCUGGCUUACACGCUUGGAAAGGAUGGAAGGCGAGUUCAUGUGAUUGAAAGGGACUUAAGAGAACCUGACAGGAUUGUGGGUGAAUUGUUACAGCCUGGAGGCUAUUUGAAGUUAGUUCAGCUGGGCCUUCAGGAUUGUGUGGAUGAGAUAGAUGCUCAGGAAGUGUUUGGUUACGCUCUGUAUAAGGAUGGCAAAAGCACCAAACUCUCAUAUCCUUUGGACAAGUUUGAGUCUGAUGUCUCUGGCAGAAGCUUUCACAAUGGCCGUUUCAUCCACAGAAUGCGACAAAAAGCUGCCUCUCUUCCCAACGUAAAACUAGAACAAGGAACGGUGACAUCUUUAGUUGAAGAAAAAGGAACCACCAAAGGAGUUUAUUACAAAACAAAGAGUGGAAAUGAGCUCAUGGCGAAGGCUCCCCUUACCAUUGUUUGUGAUGGCUGUUUCUCCAACUUGAGGCGUUCUCUCUGUAACCCUAAGGUUGAAGUGCCUUCUCACUUUGUGGGUCUAGUGCUGAAGAACUGUGAGCUUCCAUAUGCAAACCAUGGGCACGUAAUAUUGGGUGAUCCUUCUCCCAUCUUAUUCUAUCCAAUCAGCAGCACCGAGAUUCGAUGUUUGGUUGAUGUUCCUGGCAAAACACUGCCUUCCCUUGCCUCUGGUGAAAUGGCUCAUUACUUGAAAACUGUAGUAGCUCCUCAGGUGCCUCCGGAGUUGUAUAAUAAUUUUAUAGAAGCUAUAGAGAAAGGGAACAUAAGAAGCAUGCCAAACAAGAGUAUGCCAGCGUCUCCAUAUUCCACACCUGGUGCUCUUUUAAUGGGAGAUGCCUUCAAUAUGCGUCACCCUCUCACAGGUGGAGGCAUGACUGUGGCUCUCUCCGACAUUGUCGUUCUGAGGGAUCUUCUCAGACCUCUUCCUGAUCUCCACGACGCCUCUGCUCUCUCCAAAUACCUCCAAUCUUUUUACACACUCCGCAAGCCAGUGGCAUCAACGAUCAACACACUAGCAGGAGCACUGUACAAGGUGUUCAGUGCAUCACCAGAUCCAGCAAGGAAAGAAAUGAGACGAGCUUGUUUUGAUUACUUGAGCCUAGGAGGUGUCUUCUCAGAGGGACCAGUGGCCUUAUUGUCUGGUCUAAACCCUAAGCCUCUCAGCUUGGUCCUUCACUUCUUUGCUGUUGCUGUCUUUGGGGUUGGACGCCUGCUCUUACCUUUCCCUUCUCCCAAACGCAUUUGGAUUGGUGUUCGAUUGAUCUCCGCCGCAUCAGGCAUCAUAUUCCCUAUAAUAAAGGCGGAAGGAGUAAGGCAAAUGUUCUUUCCUGCGAUUGUGCCUGCAUAUUAUAGAACAACUCCUGUUCAAGCAUAGAGUAUCCAAUGUAACAUCACAUAAUACCCAAUUAAGCUUACUAUCUAUUAUGCAUAUACAUUAAUUCCUAUCCCACGGUUCAUCUUUGGUCAUUAAAAAUUAAAAGUGUCUUGGUGUAUCCCCCCCCCCCCAAAUACUUUAGAGAGAGAGAGAGAGAUGAAAGUGUAAAUUUUUGAAUAAUUCUUAUUCAAGAAAUAAUGGCUAAAUUAUAGAUAACCUAUUGAAGUUA